CCUUGGCUAGCAGCGAGUGCAGUCUGCUGGAUACCCGGGAGUGAGUUAGGAGUCGGGGAGGCAAGCCUUAAAUCUCUGCGGUGCAGAGCUGGAAAGCUGCUUCUCAGCGAAAACAAAAAAAAAAAAAAUCAGACGCCCUGUAACUCUACUGAAUUGCCUCCAUAUUGUUUUCCUGGCGAAAAGAACAAAAAAGAAAGGGGGACUUAACAUUGAAGAGGUUGAUACGAGGACUGGUGCCCGCUUCAACGACUAUACCCGGUAUUCCUUCUUUUUUUUUAUGUUAUUCCGGCGACUACAUUUCUGCUGAAGGGACUGAGAUUCUACUUCUUUUUUCUUUUUUUUUUCUUUUUUUUUUCUUGCACUGAGUCGCAUCGCCCGCUACCUCCUGUCCUGGUCUGUGUGCCAGAUCCCAGCAGAAGUAGGUUAACCGACGAAAAUUCCGAUGUCGUUUGCAGAGCAGUAGUCUGAAAGUUCCCCCCCCCUCCCUCCUCCCCUCCUCUCUCCCCUUACACUUUUCUUAAUUUUUUUCCUCCUUCAUCCAUCACGCGGUGUUUCAUGCUACAGCGAGCUCGUGCACAGCGGCGGAGGAGUCCAAACAACUAUUGCAUGAGACAAGAGAGGCGAGACGAGACGCUGGUGAACAAGUCGGUUUUUGCGACGCUCGCUAACACCUUCGCGUAUCUGCAGAAGAGUCGCGACGACAUGAGCACAGAGCUGACUAUGGGCCCGGAGCUCCCCAACAGCCCCCUGGCCCUGGAAUACGUCAACGAUUUCGACCUGAUGAAGUUUGACGUGAAGAAGGAAGGUCUAGCCGGGCUGGAGCGCAACGGGGUGCGCCAGUGUAACCGUCUUCAGCCGCAAGGCUCCGUGUCCUCCACCCCCAUCAGCACACCCUGCAGCUCGGUGCCCUCCUCGCCCAGCUUCAGCCCCACGGAGCAGAAGAACCACCUGGAGGAGCUCUACUGGAUGCCCAACGGCGGCUACCACCAGCAAAUAGACCCGCAGACGCUCAGCCUGACCCCGGAGGACGCGGUGGAGGCCCUGAUUGGAGCAACGGCUCACGGCCACCCCCCGCCUCCUCAUAUGCAACAGCUUCAGCAGCAAGGCGCCUUCGAGGGUUACAGGGGCCCGCAUCACCACCACAGCCAUCACGGGCACGCACAGCAGCAGCAGCAGCAGCAGCAACAGCAACAGCAGCAGCAGCAGCAGCAGCACCACCACCCGUAUGCCGGAGGCCUCCCACACCACCCGGAAGAAUUACCGGGUCACCCGGGAGGACACAACCAUCAACACAGCCAGCAUCACCAUCACCAACACAACCAGGAUCCGGACAGCCCGUCCCCGGUCUCCCCCGAUUCUCACCAGUCGCUGCACCACCGCCACCACCACCACCACCACCACCACCACCAUCCGCACAGCCACCUGAGUCAGUCGGCCCACCACAGCUCCGGCGGGGGAGGACUGAGCGUCGAGGACCGCUUCUCCGACGACCAGCUGGUGUCCAUGUCGGUGAGAGAGCUCAACAGACACCUGCGGGGCUUCACGAAGGACGAGGUGAUCCGCCUCAAGCAGAAGCGGAGAACCCUGAAGAACCGCGGCUACGCGCAGUCCUGCCGCUUCAAGCGGGUGCAGCAGAAGCACGUGCUGGAGAACGAGAAGACCCAGCUGAUUAACCAGGUGGAGCAGCUGAAGGCGGAGAUCAACCGGCUGGUGCGAGAGAGGGACGCCUACAAACUCAAGUGCGAGAAACUGACGGGCACGGGGGCCAGUAACGGGUUCCGCGAGGCUGGCUCCACCAGCGACAACCCGUCAUCACCCGAGUUCUUCAUGUGAGUUGAGACGGCCUUUUCUCGUGACUCUCUCCCCCCCCCCACCCACCCACCACCACCACCACCCCCCCCCCCCACCACCACCACCCCUCUCUCUCCAACCACUGAUGCUGAUGAACAAAACGUUAAUAAUCAAAGAGACCCCCACCACCCCACCCCAACCCACCACCCCCGCCCUCCUCCCAUACUGUUUAUGAUUAUACUAAUAACGGUAACAAUUAUUCCUAUUAGAAGAGUAAUCCAUCGAAUACUAUUCUCCUAUAUAACCAUCUCUCCAUCCGCGCGCCAGCUGAGAUACCGAGGAGCGGUGUAGAGAGGUUCACCAGACGCAGCAUCUCUGUAGACUAGUUGCUUUGUAGUGAAGAGACUUUUUUCUUCUUCGAGGAAGAGGACUGGCUGAUGAACACCCCCCCCACCCCUCCUUCCUCUCCCCCCCCCUCCUCGUAGGCUACAGCUUUGUAAUAAUCUCCCUAAGUAGUGUGGGAUGGCGUCGAGGCAGUUGUCCGGCGAUGCUCUUCUCCACAAAAAAAAACAAAAACCCGACGACAUUGUUGUGAAACAAGUGUUUUGCAGGCCGGACCCUGGUAGCCUGCAGCUCGCAACGCAGACCUGCGUUGCUACCAGACUCACUUUCCGUCAUUCGACAAGUGGGCCCGUGUAGACAACCUCCACACAACAACUAAAAAAAAACACCCCCCCACCACCCCACCCACCCAAGACUCCACGUUAUGCAAACUUUCUGUCUACUAACCCCUUCAACGGGGAGUGGAGUGGAGUG